GAGAUCUGAAACGGCAGGGAAGAGCGUGCUAUUGCGCGAUACUGAAAUGUGAAACAGCAGUUCGUGAUGUCAAACUGAAAGCUGCUUAUCCGAGUAUUUGACUUUCCCUGACGCAACGCGUGUGGUUCAAUCUUAAUUGUCAGCAUGAAUCGUUAUUAAACGCAUGUAAUUUUUAGCCAGGUUCAGUAAUGGAGGUGAAUUCGAGCUGUGCGUCUCCUAAAGAGGAGGGCGAGCUGGAGGACGGCGAAAUCUUCGACGAUGAGCCGCAGACGCAGCGGCAACAGAAUGUUCGGCCUCCGCGACGCACCCGAACCAGUCGAGGCAUGAUGAACAAGAGAGCGCGUUUACCCGGGCCUAUGGUCAAAAACAACGUUAUAGUACCGAUAAGAACUAAUUUGCCCGGGCCCAUGAUCCCCACCUCCCCGCAUACAGCCUUCCCGCCUGGACUUCGGCCGAUCACAGGGCACGGACAGGCCGCGCCGCGUUCCGGCUUCUGGGAGCGCAGCCACGGCGCGCUGGGCCGCUUCAGAUACCGCAUUCACCACGCGUCAGACUGGACUCGAGACUGGCCAGAGCGAUUCUCCGAGAACCACAGCGGCAGAACCGAAUCUCCAUGCAGGAAACAGAAAGCAGGUGGCAGAUGUGUGGUGAAGUGGACAGUUGCUCCUAAAGUAGAGACUGUGGAUGAGAGCUUUGAAGAUCUGCUGCUGAAGUACAAACAGAUUCAGGUAGAGCUUGAAUGCAUCCGCAAGGAGGAGCGAAUGGCCCUGAAAGACGAGGACACACAUGAUCAGCGCUCGGCAGGCACCAACAGCGACCUGCCGAGCGUCACGAUAGAGGAGACCAUUUCUGCUGUGACGGAGCAGAAGAAAAUGUUUCAAGCGUUCAACAUCAAACUGCUCAGACAGAAGCUGUUGAGCCCUGCUGAACGAGACGCACUCAACAGCAGAAGCGCUCCGGAGGUCCAGAGACAGGACAAUGAUGAGAUGAAGGACACCAGUCAAGAUGAUGAUGUGAAGGAUGAGUCAGAAGCAGAUCUCAACAUCUCUACUGUGAGUGAAGUGUUCACAGUUGCCCACAACAAGGUAAAGGAGGAAGAGGACGACUUGUCAGAGCUACAGCUGCGUCUCUUAGCUUUGCAGUCUGCAAGCAGGAAGUGGCAGCAGAAGGAGCAGCAGGUUCUGAAGGAGAGCAGGGAGAAGAUCACUAAAGCUGUCAAAGUGUCUCAGGACAAGAGUAGCUCUCCAUGUGACAGGAACCAGAUGAACAGCAGAACAAACACUGUAGUGUGCAGAUCACAGGACAGAGUCAGACCUGCAGCGAAACCAGCUCCAGACAAGACCAAACCAGCAGCCAAAGCAAAGAAACCUGCACACAUGACAAAGCAGGCAUGGAGGAAGCAGCAGCUGCGCACGUGGAAACUGCAGCAUCAGAGACAACAAGUAGAGCAGAGACACAAACAAGAGGAAGAGGAGGAGAGGAAGAAGAGAGAGGAUGAAAUCCGGAAGAUCAGAGAUCUGUCUAAUCAGGAUGAGCAGUACAACCGCUUCAUGAAGCUGGUGGGAUCUAAACAUCGCUCACGCAGCAAGUCUUCAGAUGCUGAUCAGAGGAAACUGCUUAAACAGAGUCUGGACACAUCAGGAAACCUCUACCAGUAUGAUAACUAUGAUGAGGUCGCUAUGGAUACUGACAGUGAAACAAACUCACCAGCCACAUCCCCAACACAUGAUGUAUUUCCUGUGUUUCCUCUGGAGUCCACACCUCUCAGACAGGGUUUGGAGCAGCACUAUCUGCAGCAGAUGGAGUUUGUUCGUUCAGCUCCUUGUCCUCCUUUGCCCCCGCUGCCACCCCCAGAUGAAGCAGAGCCACCACCGAAGCCUCCAUUUGCUGAUGAGGAGGAGGAAGAGGAGAUGCUGCUGAGAGAGGAACUGCUCAAAUCCCUGGCGAACAAGCGCGUUGUUAAAGCAGAGGACGCAUCCAGUAGCAGUGGUCCACCCUCUCCUGCUCUGAGACCAGCAGUUCAGCCCAACACCUGGAACAACCUCACUGCAGUUAGCCUCAACACUGUCAUCUCGCACGCACGAGCGCUCAAGUUUGUGCGGGGUCAUCCUGCUCCUAAAGCUCCGUUUGUGUUGCCUCGGCACAAGACCGUGGUGGUGUGUCUGAACGCGUCUGACGACAGCGACUCUGACGGCGAGAGCUGCAAUCCUGCUCAGAGUGUGUUCGGAGGGCUGGAGUCCAUGAUUAAAGAAGCACGCCGAACUGUAGAGGCAGCCAAACCUAAUCAUUCAGUGUCAGAGAAGAACAACCCAGUGAAGAGUGCAGAAGCACUGCCUGAUGUUAAGAAGGUGGAGUAUCGCUGGCUAAGGGAGGACAUGAGCAGUGGGGAGAAGCAGAGAUUGAUAGUGUCCUCAUCUCCUGUGGACUCUGACUCGGAGCUGGACAUCAGAGGAAGAGCAGCAGACCUGCAGGAGAAGUUCAAUCAACACAAAGCUCAGCUGAGUCAAGAUGAGUCUCUGUUGAAGCAGCUUCUGCAGCAGGAAAUUAAGAAGAAAGAGUCUCUGAAAGCAGCCGAGGCAAAAGUGAUUCGACUCAAAGAGCAGAUGCUGGCAUCGGAGAAGAUUGUGAGUGCCAAUAGAGUCCUGCUCAAGAAACUACAGGAACAGAUUCAGCGAGUUCAGCACCGUGUGACUGUAAAGCAGCAUCAGUCUGAAAAGCUGGAGAAAGAUCUGGCUCAAGAAAAGGCUGCUACUGGUCCUGCUGCAGUAAAACGCAGCAAAUCUGCUGCAGUCUACUCGGCGGUAAAGGUUCGGCGUUUGGAUUACUCAGAUACACAUUAUGCAGAGCUCAUCACGCAGAAGAAGCGUUUGCAGCAGCUGGAGUCUGAAUAUGCCCUCAAGAUUCAAAAACUAAAAGAAGCUCAGGCGUUACGACAGGCCGAGCCACGACCCACUGCUCCACAGACAGCCAGCACGCUGUACCCAUUGCCGCAACCCUCGCUUCAUGAUCUGACGCAGGAUAAACUCACCCUGUCCAGCGAGGACGUGGAGGCCGAGGACGAAGAGCAACAGCAGCAGGUUCCCGUUGCAGUGACGUCCUCGAACCGCCGGCGAUCGUUCCAUGAAUCCGGCUCCUUCACCAAACCCAAAUUGUGCCAUCUGGACAUGCCCGCUGCAUUGCCCGUGCCCGUCAAACACACUAAAGUAUCUUCGUACAGCACAGCUGAUCUGCCAACACUGCUGCUGGGACUGAAUGUGCAGGACCUGCGGCAGAGGUACCAGCACUGUGCUGGACUCUCAGUGCUUCUGCAGGAGGAGAUGAGCUCUCUCUGCGGUGUUGUGGAUGACAGAAAGCAUCUCGGGAAGGUCGUGCAGGUGGAUUUUGAACCAAUGGCAGCUCAUCAGACCCGAGUGGAACCAAAAUCGGAACCAUUGGGACCAUAUCACAGUCCUUUACUAGUCUUUAAAUCAUACAGGUUCAGCCCAUAUUACCGGACUAAAGAGAAGCUUUCACUGCGCUCCGUGACCUACAGCAAUGUUAUCGAGCCAAAGAAGUGUUUCUGUCGCUUUGAUCUAACUGGCACGUGUAACGCUGACGACUGCCCAUGGCAGCACAUGAGGAACUGCACACUGACAGAGAGUCAGUUCUUUCAAGAUAUCCUUUCCUACAGCCUGCCUCUGAUUGGCUGCCUGGAGACCAGCUGCACCAGUGACAUCAGCAGCGCCACAGAGAAAUAUAUGAAGAAACUGUUAGGGGCAAAUAAGGAUCGUAUGGGAACAGACCAGAAGGCUGUUCUGCUCGUGAGCAAAGUCAAUGAGAGUUUAAAACACAUUCCUCCUUUCACCACAUAUAAAGCUCCGAGAAGAUGGAGACCUGAAGCUCAGAGAGUGAAGACAGAUGAUCAGGAAGAUGAUCAGGCCACUGUAGAUGUCACUGUUCCUGUACGACACGAUGUUGGUGUGCAGGAGCGCUGGUUGUCCGCUGACAUAUGCAUCACUCAGGAUGAUAACCGAUAUUUUGACAGUGAGACUGAUGACAUCAGUAAUCUGGAGACCAGUGUAUUGGAGAGCCCAAACGAUGUGCAGCUGUGGAUCAAACUGGCCUUCAAAUACCUCAACCAGAAGGAUAUCUCCAUGUCGGAGUGCCUGGACGCAGCAUUGAACACACUGUCUCGUGCUCUGGAGGAUAACCGUGAGGAUGCUGAGGUGUGGUGUUACUAUCUGACGCUGUUCUCACGGCGAGGUAGCAGAGAGGAAGUUCAGGAGAUGUGCGAGAUGGCUGUGGAACACGCGCCGCAUUAUCACGUCUGGUGGACUUACAUGAGUGUGGAGAUCGGUUUUGAGGGUAAAGAUUACGUGUGCAGCCGUCUGAUUGCACACCUGCUGGAGACACAGUCGCAUGACGUCAGAUCGGAUGUGCACUCGUUUCAGCUGCUGGAGUCUGUGAUGUUUCGCGUGCAGCUCAGUGUGUUCACAGGCCGACCGCACAACGCUCUCAACAUUCUCAAGAGCGUGCUGGCUUCAGGCUCUGUAUCGAGAGUUGCAGAUUGUUUAACUGUGCCGGAUCGGUGUUUGAUGUGGCUGUCAUAUAUUUACAUGACUGAAUUCAAACGUCUGCCGCCGUGUUUGUACGACCCCUCCAACUCCAACCCCUCUCGAAUCAUGUGCACAGAUCCGUUUGUCAUUCCCUGGAGAACAGCUCAAGAUAUCCAAACACCCACUGACGUCAUCAUCGGUCUGUUUGAAGAUGCUGUAUCACACUGUACAGAUGAGCGUUUGUCCAGCAGUGAACAGAUUCAGGCCAGUUUUCCUCUUCACUCAAACCUCAUUCAUUUGUUCCAGCUGCUGGACAGACAUCAGGAGGCUGUUGCUCUGUGUGAACGUCUGCUGGCAGUGUGUCCACUCUACUGCCCUCUGCUGGACCUCACCAGUGACCUGCAUGCCUCAACUGGACACACGGAUAAAGCCAUAGACGUUUGGAUGCACGCUCAUCUUGAGAGCUCCAGAGAUGCUCGCAUAUUUUACCAGCUAAUCAAGUGUUUGCACACUCUGGGGACGUCCAGUGUUAUGAAGGAACUUUUUGAUAAGUUCAUGUGCUCGUUCUGUGAAACUGUACCAGAUGAGCUGACGUCUCUAGAUGUGCUACGUCAUAUUCUUGGCAUUCUGACUCGAGAAUUAAUGAGAGCUCCAACACUCAAAGAUCAUCUUCAGGAUGAGAUGAGAGAUCAGCUGCCGUAUCUGCAUCUCAUUCACUGUUUUUGGGAGUCUAUUUAUGGCGGUGUGAGAGAGACCAUUGAAGCAUUUGAAAAGGCUUUGGGAACCAUUACGAAGCUGGAGUUAAUCAACACACUUUGGCUAGACAGUUAUCUGUCAUUUACCAGCAGUAAGGUGUUGGGGCUGCAGCCCAGUGUUCGUGAGCUGAAGAUGUUUACAGGUCUGGUGCACCGUUGCCUGGAAACGGUGCCAUCCAGACUGACUCUGCCCUUCAGCUCCUCACAGUAUUGGAAUUGUUUCAGCUUCCAUAACAAGGUGAUAUCCUUCUAUUUGGGUUGUUUCCCUCAAUCCCAGCAUUCCCUUGUCCUGGAAAGACUUCAGCAUAUCAUGCCAAACAAUACUGAACUGGCCAUAAGGUUGCUGCAGCAGGAAUGGCAGGAUGGAAAUGUUGAACAUUUUAAAUUGCAAAGCAGAAUGUUGUGCAGUAGCAUACCAACAUCUCUGGCCAUCUGGAAAAUAGCGAUUGCUGUAAGGAAGGAGCAAAGGCAAAAAGCAGAGGUCCAGCGGUUCUACCAGCAGGCGCUCCAGAAACUGCCCCUGUCUGCUUCUCUAUGGAAAGAUUGUUUGCUGUUUGAGGCGGCAGAAGGAGGUAAAACUGACACACUGAAAAAAAUAAUUGACAAGUGCCAAGAGGUGGGCGUGAGUCUAAAUGAGCCGCUAGGGUUAGAGCCAAGCCAAUCAGAGUGACACGAUCACCAGAUUCCCAUAACAAGGGUACAUGCUUCCAUUAGACCACCCCAAACUUCCACAGAUACACAGACACGUGUGUUAGGUUAGAUUGCCGCAGGCUGACAUGCCUGUAAUGGCAUACUCAGUAUUACUAACAAAGCCAGUGAAGACACUAUGAGCUUCAAGUUAUCCAGUAUGUGGGCCUCUUUUAUCAUCAUGUACGUAAGUAUGAAUUUGCUGAUGAUACCAGUUGCUUCCUUUUUUAUUUUUUUUAUUUUUUGGUUUGUGUGUUCCAUUUGUACACUAACACAUUGUUUUAAUUUGGUUUAUCUUUAACAUUGCGUCAUCAUUGAUGGACUUUGACUGUUUUUAAGGUGGCUUCCUUCCUCUAAAUAUACUCGAUUUUCUCAUGGUGUCUCAACCAUGUCUUGUGAAGGAUUACAUUAACUCCAUUUGAGAGUUUAAGGGCUCAGCAGUGUUUUGUUUUUUUUUUCUUUCUUUUUUUUUUUUUUCCCCAACUAUGGAUUGAAAGGGCCGCUGGAAGUAUUUGAUUCACCAGUGUCCGUGUAUGGUUGGGAACUUCUCUACGGACUGCCAAAUGUUGCUGAAGCUCAGCAUGUCUGUAGUCAAGGACUUCGGCAAGACAUUCAACUUUUUAUUUAAAACUUUCUUUUCCAUCACCAAUAAAAAUUUAAAAAAAAAUCCACACACACACGUUGAUUAACAAACUGCUGGAAUAGUCUUGUAUGAUAAUGUUUUUCUUUACAUUUAUAAUUGAACAAUGUUUCUAUUAAAUUAUUUUGUACAGAAAUAUGCUGUUGUGUGUUU